AUGCCUGCUCCUGUAGACAUAACUCGAAUAGCAGAAGAACAUGCUGAGUUAUCUCGAAACAUCGCGAGCUACGAUGAUGCGCCUGCUGAGUUACGUGAUACGUGUGAUCUACUGGAAACCAUAGAGCGCGACUUGAGCGUACGAGAGUCGCGCAUGAAGAAGUUGAUUGAGAAGAGGAAAGCAGAGCACAAGGAUCUUGACAAGCUACAGCGAAGUAGCACAAAACGAUUUUUCACGAGGAUAAAGCAUGGAGGGAAGGAAGGUCUUGAACGCAAGCUGGCGAAGGAGGAGCGAGAAUAUAUUGAGGCCGCACAGAAUGAACACAACGAAAACAUGGCUCUUUCAGAGCUCAAGGCAGCUGCGGAAGAUGCAAGGACGAAGAAAGCCGAGCUUGAAUCGAAGGUAUCGCUUCGGAAAGAAAUGUUACGGAAGCUCAAUGAGCUAUAUGAAUCUGCGUUUGACGGACCAUCCCCAGACUUUCCUGAGGAAGAUGCAGCUGAAGAUGAACUUCACGAAGCUGAAGUGAACUUUGAGCACGUGCAAAUGAGAUUCAGUCAUGAGAAGAACGUCCUCGACAUUCUCGAUCAAGCAGCUUCGUGCGCAAAUCAGGCCCAGUUAGCACUGCAAAAUGCGAAUCUUUCAGCAACCUAUGAUACAUGGCAAAUUGGUGGUGCAUGGGCUCAAAUGGCGGAAGCAGACGAUCUUCUCCGUGCUCAAACGUUGGCUGCACAAGCACAUCGCCUGAUGCAGCGUGCGAGAGGCUUGCAACCGCUCGUGCACCCUAUUCUUCCUGGAAAGAUAGUAUCGCCUGAAUGGGUUCACGUCGUCUUCGACAACAUGUAUACUGAUUUCAUGUUCCAACAAAAAAUCAAGCAGUCUAUUGGAUCUGUACGUGAUUAUCAACAAGCAAUCGAUCGGGAAUGUACUGCGAGUGAAGAGCGAGUUAAGAAUCUCACGCAGGAGGCAAAGGAUGCACGCGAAUUUUUGACUUCGCGUCGUCGACAGCUCGUUGCAAUUCGUCGAGAGAUCUUAGCACGCAUCCGAGAGGAUGGUGGGGUGCGAGUGUUUACUCAUUCAAGUGCGGACGGACUAGCCGACAGAGGUACUGAUGCACCACAACUACCGACGACUUGUCUCAAUGCCAGUUCCUGUGCACGAAGAAAAUCCGUGCCACCACAAUACAAGGCAGAUCCUGAUGUACCGCCGUCCUUUCCGAAGGCAGAAUCAAUUCAUGAACAUCUGCAAGUCGAAUCUUUAGUGGCAUCAUCCUUUAGCCAGACCCGAGAAAUCGCCCCUAGGACACGUACAAAUUUAUAUGCUCCUCCCCCUGGCCCUCCCCCUCCAUCCUCUUCUCAGUUCAAUCGAUCCUCAAUGCUCAGAAUGCCGGAAGCUUCGUUUCAUAUCGGUCCAUCCGUUGGCACGACACCUCGAUCAUACAGUGGUAAUGGACACGACGAUGCUGAAGAUAGUACGGAUAGACUUGGCACUGGGUCUUCGUCUUCGUCAAAGGAGAGGGUAAAUGAAAAUGAUAACGGCCAGGGUGACCAACCGCGGAUAUCAUUUGCCUCGAAUAAUCCGUAUCGUUGCUUGUGA